UUGAAAUAGGAAUAAUGAUUAAAAAUUUGAGCGCUGAACUUCAGCACCAUAUAAAUACAUACAAUUUUACAUUACAUAAAGACUAUAAAUUGUCUACUACACAUUUUAAAUCAUAAAUAUUUUAUCUCGAGUGCAGGGUAGAGUCAUAGGUCACUGCAAAACAUUUACUGUUUAGAUGAAUGUUAGAUAAUAAAACACUAAACAGCCUUUUGAUUCUCACAAAAUUGAUUUCUUCAACGCCACGAUGCCGAUCGAUAAAAACAAUGAAAAUAACAAUAUGGAGUCACCCAAGCAGGAUUUAUUAUCGCAUACAAGAGUUGAUAUAGAUGAAAAUGGCUACCAGAUUCCUGAACAUAUACGAUACACUGAAAUAAAAGACACAGAAGUACAAGAGGGAGAAUAUUCAUAUGCGUAUGCCAACAAAAUAAUCCAAAUUGAUCGCAUCGCGGAAAAAUUGCAUUGUGGAACAUUCAGGGUUGUUUUGUUUGUGGCAACUGUGUUGAUUUCUGCAACAAUUAUUGCUGUAUUUGUCACAAUAAUCACUCUAAGGCAUCAUACAGAUGAGCCGAUUAUGAUCGAUACAACAAACAAUCCUAUCAACAAUAAACACAUAGAGGACUGUAUAACAACAGCAGCCCCAAAAAACAAAGACCUUGAAACCCUAACAACAAAAAAUAUAAUCCUGAACUGUCUGACCACGAGAACCCAGAAUUUGGGUGGUGGUGAUUUUCGUGAAAAUGCCAACACCACCAGAACAAACUCCUUCAUGUGCAAGGUGUUUCCAAAAGUUUUACCCGGCUUAUGUAGCCUUUAGGCAGGUUUUACAGUAUACAAGAAAACAUUAUUUUAUAAUUAUCUUAAUAACUACAAAAGUUAUCUUAAUUACAAAAAAUAUUUUAAUUGUAAAAAGUAUGUUGAACUUAAAGGUAUUCCUUGAUUCUGCCUUCAGCUCCAAGCUUUGUUUUAUUUUUAUUAUUUUGGAUGAAAGGUAACGGUACGGGGUGGACCAUUGCAAGAGUCCACCCCUUUUUUCAUUUUAAUAUCAAAAUUGAAUAAAAGAUUUAACAACGAAUGUCUUGUUUUCAGACUUUGAAUGAAGGCGACAGCACAAGUCUAUUAUGAUACAAACAUGUGUUGAUUCAAUCAUUACACAAUUCAUAAAGUCAAGUGCUUAAAUUCUUUUCACACACUACACAGGAUUUUGUACAGCAUCAC